UCUUUUACAAAAGAGUGUUCCUAUUAGCAAACAGCAGAUGGUUGAGAAAAAUUGAAGGAUACACGAUAUUUCAAUGUUUUCUAGAGCAACUUCCUUCUUUAGAUCAGCUUCACCAUCAUUAAGAAAAGUGAAGUUUUCUUAUUUAUCGGUCCCGUCAUAUUUACAGGCACCGCUUCGGUCAGUUUCAGCCAUGGCAAAUCAAAAUGCUCUGGAGAUAUUUGAGCACAAUUCUAUUAUUCGUUCUGAUGGUGACAAAAGAAUAUACAGAGCCAUGAAGUUAAACAAUGGACUGAAAGUGGUUCUAGUGAGUGACCCAGACACAGACAAAGCAUCAGCUGCCCUAGAUGUCCAUGUUGGUUUUAUGAAAGACCCAAAAGAUUUGCCAGGCCUUGCUCAUUUCUGUGAGCACAUGCUGUUUCUUGGUACAAAAAAGUAUGAAGAAGAAAAUGCUUAUAACAAGUUUUUAAGUGAGCAUGGAGGAAUGUCAAAUGCCUAUACUUCAUCAGAGAACACAAAUUAUUUCUUUGAUGUCAGAUCAGAAAACUUGCCAGGAGCUCUGGACAGGUUUGCCCAAUUUUUCUUGUGCCCUCUAUUUACCCCCUCUGCCACAGACAGGGAAGUGAAUGCUGUCAACUCGGAGAAUGACAAGAACUUACAGCAGGACCCGUGGAGGUUUAACAUGUUGGACAAGGCUCUGGGCAACCCUGACCAUGAGUUCACCAACUAUGGAACAGGGAAUAAAGACACCUUGGAUACCAUUCCUAAGUCCAAAGGAAUCAACACCAGAGAUGAACUUCUGAAGUUCCAUUCCAAGUAUUACUCCUCCAACAUCAUGUCAUUGGCUGUGUUAGGAAAAGAGUCCUUAGAUGAGCUGUCGGAGAUGGUGGUACCACUGUUUUGUCCUGUGGAGAAUAAGUCGGUGGACAUUCCCUUUUGGUCUGAAGGUCCCUACGGUCCAGAACAUGUCAAAAAGAUAUUUUAUGCUGUCCCGGUGAAAGAUUUGAGGAACUUGUCAGUUUCCUGGACCAUUCCAGACCUGUCCGACUAUUAUUCAUCUAAUCCAGGGCAUAUUCUGGGACAUUUGAUUGGACAUGAAGGAAGAGGCAGUUUGUUAUCAGAGCUCAAACAAAAAGGUUGGGUGAACUCCCUGUGUGGGGGACAGACAGAUGGAGCCAAUGGAUUCAUGUUCUUUAGGAUUGAUUUCGAUUUGUCAGAGGAAGGAUUAGAACAUGUGGACGACAUUUUGCUGAUGAUGUUUCAGUACAUUGAGAUGCUGAGGAAGGAGGGCCCCCAGGAGUGGGUCUACAAGGAGUGCCAGCAACUGUCCGACAUGAUAUUCAGGUUCAAGGACAAGGAGAAGCCAAUCAACUACACCUCCUUCCUGGCAAGGAGAAUGCAGAAAUACCCGCUCCCUGAGGUGUUAAGUGGCUCCUACCUGUUGACAGAGUACAGACCCGACCUCAUCACAAUGGUGCUGGAUAAACUGGUUCCUGAAACCAUGAGAAUCGGAGUAAUCGCCAAGAAGUUUGCAGAUAUUGCUGACCAGAAGGAGAAAUGGUAUGGCACUGAAUACAAGUUGGAGGAUAUACCUGAUGAGAAAAUUCAGAAAUGGAAGAAUUGUGGAUUGAGUGAGAAUCUUCAUCUUCCACCAAGAAAUGAGUUUAUCCCAACAAAUUUCGAAGUUGUUCCAAGAGAAAAAGAUAGCCCCGCUUUGCCAGAGAUGAUCAAAGAAACAGGAUUGUCAAGGUUAUGGUUCAAACAGGAUGACAAAUUCUUAUUGCCCAAAGCUUGUUUGAGUUUUGACAUUUCAAGUCCAAUAGCUUACACAGAUCCACUGAACUGUAACAUGGCCGGCCUGUUCACUGAGCUCUUCAAGGACGCACUGAACGAGUACGCGUAUGACGCAGAGUUAGCUGGCCUGAGUUACGACCUCAUGAACACAGUCUGUGGAAUGGUGCUCCAAGUGAAAGGGUAUCAUGAAAAACAGCCAGUUCUUUUAAGGAAAAUCCUAGAAAAACUAACCGACUUUAAAGUGGAUCCAAAGCGAUUUGAAAUUUACAAAGAAAUGUACAUGAGAGGUCUGCGUAAUUUCUAUGCCGAGGAGCCCUACCAACACUCUAUCUACUACACCAAUAAUUUGAUGGCUGAAAUUCAGUGGACAAAAGCCGAGUUACUCCAGUCAGCUGCCGAGGUAACGGCAGAGAAACUACAAGAAUUUAUCCCUAAUCUUCUAUCCAAGCUGUUUAUUGAGGCACUGAUUUAUGGCAAUGUAACAAAACAGCAAGCCAAAGAUGUCAUGGAAAUGACAGAGGGAAUUCUGAAGGAGAAAUGUGGAACCAAGGAGUUACUGCCCAGCCAGUACAAGAGAUACAGAGAGGUCCAGAUUCCUGAUGGUUGUUAUUAUCUGUACCAGACGGACAACAAGGUCCACAAGAGUAGCUCCAUCUGUAUCUACUACCAGUGUGGUAUGCAGGACACCCUGCCCAACAUGUUACUGGAGCUGUUGGUACAGAUCCUGGCCGAGCCGUGCUUCAACAUUCUCAGAACAAAGGAACAGUUAGGAUACAUUGUGUUUAGCGGUGUGCGGCGGGCUCGCGGUGUCCAGGGAUUACGAGUCAUAAUUCAGUCCGACAGACCACCACAGUAUGUUGAUGAUCGAGUGGAAGCCUUCCUUAAUCAUAUGGAAACUGUCAUCAGAGAUAUGAGUCAGGAGGAGUAUGACAAGCAUGUUGGAGCCCUGGCCACCAAAAGGAUGGAGAAAACCAAGAAAAUUAAUGAACAGAACAUGAAGUACUGGUCCGAAAUCAUUUCCAACACGUACAACUUCGACAGAGAUGAGAUUGAAGUUGCAUGUUUGAAGAAUAUUAAGAAAGAUGACCUCAUCAUGUUUUUUAAGGACUUUGUAGCCAUCAAUGCCCCUCACAGACAUAAACUGAGUAUACACAUCCUGCCGACCUCAGAGGAACUAAAUACAAACACAUUAAGUCCUGAGGACAAUGGAGCGGACCUGCUACCAGUUCCUACCAAUCUUCCAAAGCCGUGCGUGGUAGAGGACAUUGCUGACUUCAAGAGGCACAUGGGGCUAUACCCUCUACCCAAGCCCUUUAUCGACAUUGGGAAAGCAAAAUCCAAACUAUAAGGAGCUGGACUGUCUAUACCAUGUCUUUCUUUCUUUUUGAAUAGACCAUAAUUUCCAGUUUAUAUCACAGGACAACUUCAUUUCAUAGGAUUUGUUUUGGAGUUGUGAUCUACAGUGUUGUCGAAAUAAUUAUAGAGUGCUCCAUGGCCGAGUUGUUCAAAUACCAUAGAUACCCCCUGGUAGAUGAAGAUGAUAACACAAUCUACCGAGAUUGAAUCAAUUAAUGUGGUGCAGAAAUACAUGUACAUGCACACCAUUCCGUGUCAUCUAACUUCAAGAGCUUUAAUCUACCAAAGUCCAUUAAAAUAUCAUAGUUUUGAAAUUAUAAACUGUAGAAGCACAUAUUUUCGUGGGGUCAAAAUUUCGUUGUUUUUAAACCAAAUAAAAUUCUGUUGGCAUUCAAUUUCGUCAUAUCGUAAUUUCUUUGUAACUCGGGUUAAGAAUUCAUCAUGGAUUUAAUUUCGUUGAUUUAUACUGCCAACAAAAAUAACGAAAUUAAAUCCUCAACGAAUAUUUCUGCUUCUACAGUACAUCAUAUUCUGAAUUUAAUUUGGUGAUUCGUCAUUUUUUGUAUCAGAAUUACUUAUAAUUGGUUGUUUGGGAAUUUUUUGAUUACAUAUUAAUAUUUGAUACACCAAUUUAUGCUCUUGUCCACAAGAGAAUAAUCAUGUUACUUUGACAGUCUCCCAUGCUUAAACAGCAUAUGGCACUAUGUGUGCAGUUAGCUAGUUCAGUUAAAUUGAACUUGUAUAUUAUGCGAAGAAUCAAGUUACAUUUUCUGAUGUAUUCAACAGUGAUUUCAAGAAUAGAACAAAUUUAUUUGUUUUCUUGUAUGUUGUUAUUUGGGCAUUCUGUGAGAAAAUUGUGAUGAUUGACAAUUAUUGAAACUCCUGCUGAACUGUAUCGAACAUGUAGAGAUACAGCUGAAUAAUUAAUUACCUUACCAACAAGGACACCUUGAGAUAGGUCAACAUUUUCGUUCAUGAUACCAAAAUUGCUGUAAAUGGGAAUGUAUAAGACUCAAUAUCUCAAGACUUUAAUGCACACCUUUUAAUGGAAUCAUGUUGUCAACUUGUUUGUAUUUAUUGGCAAAUUUGCUAGCACCUUUACAUGUGAUUGUAUUUACGUCAAUCAAAUUAAAAUAUUUUCUGUGAAAGUGCUGGUACAUACUUGUACACCAAUUGUUGGUUAAUCACUUGAUAUCAAAAAAAAAAAUUGAAUAAACCACUUGAAAUCAUCAAA